AUGGCACGACUGUCAUCCGAAUACAUCUACAACUCAACAUGCGACUACUUCCUCACUGAGGUACGAGGCAAGCGCGCCGAGCAGACAGCGGCUCAAACCUUCAUAUUCGCCAGCAGAUGGAUGACCUGGGAUUUCUUCAAGUCGUGGAUACUGCGACGAUUUGAACCCGCAGGAUGUCUCUGUGGCCUGACGAAAGAUGAAGGCUGCUUCGAUGCGCAGUGGCCGCCCGACUUUCAAGAUGCCACACAGAUGGUCUUCUCUAGAAGUCAUUUUCCUCGGCUCGCUUUUGUGAAGGGACGCCUACCGAAGAAAAUAUUCACGGGCUCGUGGACCCAAGACAAAGUCGAGUUCUUACGGUUCUUACUCUGGAUUACAGCGAUGACUGUCGACUGGACGAACCCUGAAGUUGCGCAUGCGGCUGUCGCUGCAAGAAAAAAUACCAUGCUGGAACGCAAUCUUGAGGCAGUAGAGCUGUUCAACCACAAUCGACGCCUAGGCCGACCUGCCGACCUGGACACAGUGCGAUUCGCUGUUAUCGAAGCUGGCUGCGACCGAUCCAUCGUCUAUGACACGCUAAUGGCUGCAAACAUUCGGCACGGACCUGGACGCCUACGAUACUCCUCAGAACUCUACAAAUGGUGUCUCUUCCAACAAGCAGAAGGGAACCAGAAAGGUCUGUGGCUGCGGAUGAAGCUUGAGGAAUCGUGCAUCAUGAGAAGCGAAGGGGAGGCAAAAGAGGCACCCAACGCAGGUGUCCUGCAGUUGAACGCUAGCAACCAAGAUUACGAUGGUGGACCAGAAGAUACACUUACAGUGAACGAUCUUCGUUGGAAUAAGGUACGUUGCUAUUUCCCUAUAAGACUCUGCUACUUCCAAUAA